AUGGUUGUGGAAGAAUCAGAUGCAACGUUUUCUCGACAGGCAUUCUACAAUAGGAUUUAUCGUCAGCGUUUCUCUCCAGAUGGUAAUUGGUUAGUGGUUACAGAUUCGCUCGCUUAUCUAUAUCUUUUCGAACUUCGUAAGGCUCUUAAUUUGAAUGCUUCCAACAAUGAACGACGAUUCAAGUAUCGGCUAAAAUUGGAUGAACCAGUUUUUGCUUUGAGCACUGUUCAGUCAAGAUUAGUUUGUGGUAAUUCAGUAGGUCAAUUAGCUGUUUAUAAUUGGGAUGAUAUUAUCCACUCUCAUACUUCCGAUUAUUGCGAUCCGUUAUAUAAAUUUAAUGAUUUUCCUACAAAAUUGUCUGUUGCUCCACCAUACGAAAUAAAUACGCUAGCUUGCAUCGAUAACAGCUCUGUAUUAUAUGCUGGAGCUGGAGAUAACGCAAUUCGUUUGAUGGAAAUCGAACGUCCGGAUAAAAUCAUUUCGACAUUCUUUGGACAUAGUGAAUAUAUAAAUGAAUUAGCGGUUCAAUCAGAACAUGUGUUUUUGAGCUCAUCUGAAGAUGGUUCUGUUCGCCUUUGGGAUGUUCGUUCUAAGGAUAUCCAUAUUUUCAAUGUAGCUUCAGAAGGAAAGCUCAAACGAAGUAGUUUUGGUCGUGGAGUUUGUGCUUUGGAUGUUGAAGAAGAUUUCAUGGUUUGUGGCGGCGAUGUGGAACCCUCUAUUUGGCACAUUGGUUCGAGGUCAUUAGCCUCAGCUUUAAUUUGUGAACAUGCUCCUCUAAUGAGAUACACAGUAGCAAAAAUGAAUGGCGAUCGGAUUUUAAUAGGAGGAACUUGUCCAAAUUUGGUGCAAUUUGAUUACUCGGGCCGGCGUUUGACAUCAGUGAAGACAUCACUUCGGAACAUUUAUUCCAUAGAGACGAAUUCAGUAGGUGCAAAUGCAAUGACAACAGUUGCUGGUGAUUCACUUCUGAUCGAUGUUUUCUUGAAUCUUGGCUAUGUUUCUUUUAGUUUCUCUACUACUUCAAUGUAG